AUGGACUUCACGGGAUCCCAGAAUCCCACAUCUGAACGGGCGCCGGAAAUUCUGGAACGCAGCGCCGAAGGACCCGGAAAAGGGUCCGAACCGUGCUCGCCCGGCACUCAAAAAAACCGGCACCUGGCCAGCUGGGGUGUGAUUCGAUUAGCCAUUCGAAACCAUCGACAUCCCAUUUUCUUGGACGUCAUCGCGGAGGAGCAAGUCCAGCGGUCCAGCGGUCCAGCAGCGACGUCGUGCACGCCAUUUCGCCGCCAGAAAUCGAUGGAAUCGAAAAUGAUUCCCAUUCUUCUCAUCGCCAUCGCCUCCCUGGCGUCCGCAAUCGAGGAUACAACUAUGUACCUAAAAUUAAACAUCCAGUAUCCCCACACAUUGGUGCCAUAUGUGACAGCAACCCUCCACCUUACCACCCUCCACCCUACAACCCUCCACCCUCCACCCUGCAACCCUACCACCCUCCACCCUGCAACCCUCCAACCUACAACCCUCCACCAGCUCAGCCGUGUCUCCCCUGUACCCCCAGCCGCAGGGACAUGCCCCACGUUCGAGGGAUGCCCGAGGGAAGUCCAGAAGGAGUGCGCCGGCGAUUGGGAUUGCGAGCGUGGUCGCCUCUGCUGCGAUAACUGCGGGAACCGUGUCUGCAUGUUUCCCGAAAAUGAUACUUGCCCGAGAUUCGAGGGACGCCGAUGCGAGCCGAUCGAAGAAUGUACGAACGAUCUGGACUGCGAGCAGGGCCUCAUCUGCUGCGAAGAAUGUGGCCACAAGGUCUGCACCGCCCCCGAAUUGACCUGCGAGAAGGUGAACUGCCCCGAAGGCACGUUCUGCAAUCUGGUCAUCCCCAAUUGCAAUGGUUCCGACGUCCCUUGCGCCCCCACGCUCUCCUGCGUCGGCGAGGGUAAGGCGACGGUCUCCGCAGGGACAUCCGCCCCGGGGAGGAGCUCGGGGCUCUCGGUGAAGGGUGUCGCGUUUUCACUUCGUUUCUUCGUAGAUGUGAGCACGUGUGAGGACGUGCGGUGUGAGGACGGGAGCACGUGCAUGAUGCGGGAGGUGGUCUGUGAGGCACCUCCGUGCUACCGUGUUCCCGAAUGUGUCCCGACGACGAAGCCUCUCAAUCUUCUUCCCAAAACUCCAGAAAGAGAGUCGGACAACGAUAGCGUGGAUUGCCCCCUUGGCCAAGAUCAAGUGUUGGUCGUUCCCGACUGCAACGAUCCCGAUGUUCCUUGCGUCCCCACAUCCUCCUGCAUUCCGAGUGAUAUGACGAAGUGCGAGGACGUGCAAUGUGGGGAGGGGACCACUUGUGUGAUGCGUGAGAUGGCCUGCUUCGCACCUCCAUGCUACCCUGUUCCCGUUUGUGUCCCGACGCAGCAACCCCUUCAUCUUCUUCCCCAGACUCCAGAAAAAGAGUCGAACAACGAUAACGUAAAUUGCUCCAAUGGCCAGGAUGUCGUAUUGGUCUUCCCCGACUGCGACAAUCCCAGUGUCCAGGCCUGCAUCCCCACAUUCUCCAGCCUUCCAAGCGAGUCGAACAAUGAUAGCGUGGAUUGCCCACCUGGCCAAGUUUCCGUGUUGGUCAUUCCAGACUGCGACUAUCAAGAUGUUCCUUGCAUCCCCACAUCCUCUUGCAUUCCGAGUGACAUGACGACGUGCGAGGACGUGCAAUGUGGGGAGGGGACCACGUGUGUGAUGCGUGAGAUGGCCUACUUCGCACCUCCAUGCUACCCUGUUCCCGUUUGUGUCUCGACGCAGCAGCCCCUUCAUCUUCUUCCCCAGACUCCAGAAACAGCCGCAGGGACAUGCCCCAUGAUCGAUUCGUCCGAAUGUGACAGGAGAGCCACGAAGAUAUGCGCCAACGACUCCGAUUGCAAUCAAGGUCUUCUCUGCUGCGAUGACUGCGGGAGUCGUUUCUGCAUGUUUUCCGACGGCGAGAAAUGCCCGGAAUUAGGAGGACUUCAAUGCAACCCGAUCGUGGAGUGUUCGGACGAUUCGGGCUGCGAGCAUGGCCUCAUCUGCUGCCAAGAUUGUGGCCGCAAGAUUUGUAUGCCGCCUGAGUCGAACACCGAUGGCGUGAAAUGCCACAACGACCAGAUUGCCGUAUUGGUCGUCCCCGACUGCGAGGAUCCCAAGGACCCCUGCAUCCCCACAUUCUCCUGCCUUCCAAGCGAGUCCAGCUCCGAAAACGCAGUGUGCCUCGAUGGGCAGGUUGCCGUGUUGGCCUUCCCCGAAUGCGGCGAUCCCGACGUCUGCAUCCCCACGAUCGUCUGCAUUCCGGAUGGUUUGCCUACGUGCCUGAACGUGGAUUGUGGGGAUUCGAGCGCGUGUUUGAUGCGUGAGGUGACCUGUGACGGAUUUGCGUGCUACCCCGUUCCCGAAUGUGUCCCGACUCCGAAGCCCCUCAAUCUUCUUUCCGAAAAUCCAGAAGGAGCCGCAGGGACAUGCCCCAUGAUCGAUGCAUCCGAAUGUAAGAUGGGAGCUCUGAAGAAGUGCGCCAACGACUCCGAUUGCAAUCAAGGUCUUCUCUGCUGCGAUGACUGCGGGAGUCGUUUCUGCAUGUUUUCAGAUGGCGAGAAAUGCCCGGAAUUAGGAGGACUUCAAUGCAACCCGAUCAAGGAGUGUUCGGACGAUUCGGACUGCGAGCUUGGCCUCAUCUGCUGCCAAGAAUGUGGCCGCAGGAUUUGCAUGCCACCCAGUAGGCUCGAAGACUCGAACAACGAUGGCGUGAAUUGCUCCAGUGGCCAGGUUCCCAUAUUGGUCUUCCCCGACUGCGACAAUCCCAGUGUCCAGGCCUGCAUCCCCACAUUCUCCUGCCUUCCAAGCGGCACAUGCCCUGUGAUCAAUGGACCACAAUUUGAGAUGGAAGCCCUGGGAAAGUGCGCCAACGACUCCGAUUGCGACCAAGGUCUACUCUGUUGCGAAGUCUGCGGCAGCGCUGGCUGCAUGUUUCCCGACGGCGGGAAAUGCCCUGAGUUCGAAGGACGUCAGUGUGCCAGCGACGCGGACUGCUUGCAGGGGCUCAUCUGCUGCGAAGAAUGCGGCCGCAAUUUUUGCGUGCCACCUGGUAUCCCACUUAUUUCGAGCGUGGUCACAUCACCGUCGAAUAUAGCUGCUUCUCAAAUAGUUUUUGCAGAGUCCAGCUCCGAAAACGCAGUGUGCCUCGAUGGGCAGGUUGCCGUGUUGGCCUUCCCCGAAUGCGGCGAUCCCGACGUCUGCAUCCCCACGAUCGUCUGCAUUCCGGAUGGUUUGCCUACGUGUCUGAACGUGGAGUGCGAGGAGUCGAGCGCAUGUUUGAUGCGUGAGGUGUCCUGUGCCGCAUUUCCGUGCUACCCUGUUCCCGAAUGUGUCCCGACUCAGCAGCCACUCAAUCAUCUUCCAAAAACUCCGGAAAAUGAGUCCAGCUCCGAUAAGGCCGAUUGCUCCGAUGGGCAGGUUGCCGUGUUGGCCUUCCCCGAAUGCGGCGAUGCCGACGUCUGCGUCCCCACGAUCGUCUGCAUCCCGGAUGGUUUGCCUACGUGCCUGAACGUGUCGUGUGGGGAGUGGAGCGCGUGUUUGAUGCUUGAGGCGACCUGUGUCGCAUCUCCAUGCUACCCUGUUCCCGAAUGUGUCCCGCUUCCAGAAACUAUUGGGACUCUUUCCAGAACAGCAGAAUUUGUUGCUACUUUGGGGAAAUGCCCCGCGAUCGGCGGAUCUCAGUGCGACGCGGAAGACAUGAAGAGCUGCACCGAAGACUCGGAUUGCGAUCGGGGUCUGGUCUGCUGCGACCUGUGCGGGAAUCGCGUCUGCGUGUCGGCCGAGGGCAAGGGAUGUCCGGAACUGGGAGAAUAUCAGUGCGAAACGAAUUGCUCCACCGAUUUGGACUGUGGGUUGGGCCUCUUGUGCUGCGAAGAUUGUGGCCGCAAGCUUUGCAUGCUACCUGCGCCCUCUCAAAUGGUUUCCGUAGAAUUGAGCUGCAAGAACGUACACUGUCUCAAGGACCAGAAAUGCAUGAUGUCCUUCCCCCACUGCAGCAGCCCCGACGAUCCCUGCCUCCCCAAGCUCUCCUGCAUCCCAAAGGGUGCGCCGACGUGCGAGGAGGUGCGGUGUGGGGACGGGAGCACGUGCAUGAUGCGGGAUGUGGCGUGCGUCGCGGCGCCGUGUUAUCCCGUUCCCGAAUGCGUUCCACUUUCCAAACUUCGAGCCUCGCCCCGAAACAGAUACUGAUGCAGUAAUCGCGUAAUCAAAAUCCUAUCUUCUCCCAUACCUAUUAUUUCAAGAAAUAUCAGUUGGCACUUUUUCAUUUUGCUCCUGGUCCGUGCACGGAUUUUUUUUCUUCUAAAAUCUCGUCAUUUCCCUAUUCCCUACACCACGCCGAUAUAGCGUUAAAUUCAUGAAUAUAUAUGAACAACAC